GCUGAUGUGUCUACAACUGUCAAAAGUUGCAUGUUAACCAGAAGGCGAAAGUUUAGGUCCGCUUAUUAAAGGUAUUUUAACACUUAAUCCAAGGGCUGAGCAACCAGGAUGUCGAAGGACGCCAAUCCCAAGGAGGCGCUGAUCAAGGCGGCCUACGCCGAUGUGCACAAGUUUGGAAAUAACCGCGAGUUCGACAAGGCCGUCAAGGCAGUGAAUCGCAUCCUGGGCGUGGCUCCCGACGAUCCCACGGCCCUGCACUGCAAGGUGGUGUGCCUGGUGCAACUGUCCAAGUUCGAGGAGGCCUACAAGUUCAUCGAGAAGAACCGCCUGUCCUCGCUGGUCUUCGAGAAGGCCUACUGCGAGUACCGCCUGAACAAGCAGCAGCAGGCGCUGAAGACCAUCGACGAUGCGGGCCUGCAGCCCCUGCCGCCCAAUCUGAAGGAGCUGCGUACCCAGGUCCUGUACCGUUUGGAGCGCUACGAUGAUUGCCUGGACUCGUACCGCGACAUCAUCAAGAACACCAGCGACGAGUACGAGGACGAACGCCGUACCAACCUGAGCGCAGUGGCCGCCAACCUGGCCGUGGACCAGGCCAAGGAGGUACCCGAGGUGCCGGAGGACACUUACGAGCAGUACUUCAACAGCGCCUGCAUCCAGGCCAACCGGCAGAAGUACGCCGAGGCCGAGCGCAAGUUGCGCACCAGCGAGAAGCUCUGCCGUGAGUUCCUCGAGGAGGAGGGCGCCUCCGAGGAGGAGAUCAUCGAAGAGGUGGACGUCAUCCGCGUCCAGCUGGCCUACGUCCUGCAGCUGCAGGGCAAGAUCAAGGAGGCGGGCACCAUCUACGCUGACUGUCUGCGUCACAAGCCCAAGGACGCGGCCCUGGUGGCCGUGGCCAGCAACAACUCGGUGGUGAUCAACAAGGACCAGAACGUUUUCGACUCCAAGAAGAAGAUUCGCGCUGCCCUGGCCGACGCCUGUGAACCGAAGCUCACUUCGCGCCAGAAGCAGGUCAUCGCUGUCAACAACUGCCUGCUGGCCCUCUAUACCAACGCCGCCGACCAGGUGCAACAGCUCAGUCAGAAGCUGGCCCAAACCUACCCGCAGGUGGAGUUCGAGGCGCUGCUCAUCCGCUGCAGCCAGCUGGCCAAGGAUCGCAAGCACAAGGAGGCAAUCGACCAGCUCCAAAAGUUUGCUGCAGUUCAUAAGUCGCAUGCAUUUAUCAGCAAGUUCGCCGUCAUCCAACUGCAACUGCUACAGGGCAGCCGCAAGGAUGCCAUUGAGACCCUGCUCUCUUUGGGCGAGGCCAAGUACAAGCCCGGCAUUGUCUCCGCUCUGGUGUCCCUUUACCUCGGCACGGACAACAAGACGGCUGCUUCGGCGCUGCUCAAGUCAGCCGUAGACUGGUACAAGAAGAACAACGUGAGCAGUGGCGAUCUGUCGGACAUGUGGCGUCAGGCCGCCGAGUUCCAUUUGCGCGGCGGCGCUUCCGAAACGGCCGCUAGCUCUCUGGAGGAACUGCUCAAGUUGAACCCCAACGACACCAAGGUUUUGGCCCAGCUUGUCAUCGCCUACGCCCAGUUCCAGCCCAAGCGGGCUCUCGAGCUCAGCAGGAAACUUCCCAAGCUGGAGACGCUGACCACGGCUUCCGAAAUCGAUGCCCUGGAGGCGGCCAACUGGGUGAUGUCAGCCAAGGCGGCCAAGAAGUCUGCCAAUGCCAAGAUCGAACCCUCGCCGAGCACCCCCCUUGAGAAGAAAAAGAACCAGAACCGCAAACGAAAGGGCAAGCUGCCCAAGAACUACAACGCCGAAGUGGGUCCUGACCCUGAGCGGUGGUUGCCCAAGUACGAGCGCACUGGUUUCCGCAAGAAGCGAGGCGGAGCACGCGGCAAGGAUGUCAUCAAGGGAUCCCAGGGCAUGGCCUCGGGAGCAGCCGAUCAAUACGACAUGUCCAACCGCGUCAAUCUAACCAAGAACUCCCCCGUCACGCCCGUUUACCAGGAGCCGACCCCCGGACCAAGGCAGCAGCACCGCAAAGGUGGCCACAAAAAGAAGAAGGGAGGCCGCUUCUAGGUUAAAAUGCAUUUAUACUUUUGAACGCCAAUUAUAAAACCCGCUUUUGCAUGUUAA